AUGUUUCUCUUCAUCUCCGCGUUCGGCAUGACGUCACUCUACCGAUGGACUUGGCAAGAAUUCGCCGCUUUCGGGUUUCCGAAAACGUCUCCAGUAGUCACCCGCUCGCAAGCGCGUGAGGCUGCUAGCCGCAGCGCCGCCGAGAACCUCGACAGCUCCUCUCGAACACACUCGACUCCCUCUCCGACAAUUCCCGGUAACUUCGACCGCGACGAAGAAGACGAGAUAGACCAAGAACUCCAGGACGACUUCGACGAAGAACCGAUCCCUUCGACCGCCGAAGAACGCACAUCGUCCCCCGAGCUUCUAGGCCUCACUACUUCCGACUACGACAUUUCGACUCCUGAUCUUUUCGAACGAUCCAGUUCUUCGCCCGAACUCGAGGAUCCCAUCCCAGCUACUUCGAAUCUUGUACUUCCGACUCCGUCUUCGUUUCGCGCCCACGUUCAGCCGCCCAUCGCAUCCUCUUCGCGGCUCUCAGUCAUACCUACACCCGAGCUGGCACCUCCGCCACCAUUAGUACCUUCGAACGCAGCUUCGAACUCCAACUCCGCACCGCCCGCACCUACGAUUCCUUCGACUACUACCACGUCCUCUUCGAGCCCAGCUCCUACUACCACUACGAACAUGAGUCAGACCACGAAUACACCAUUGAUGCCCCCGCGCGGUCAUUCGACAGCACCAAGCUUCGACCCAUCGGAAGUCCGUUCGCUUCGGCGUUACUUCCAGGACCUCGAAGCAUUGUUCACCCGGUGUCAGAUUACCGACGAAGCAGCCAAGAAACAGUGGGCCGUUCGGUACCCUUCGAUCGACGUCGCUGACUUAUGGGAAACCAUCGAGUCCUUCAUCGACGUAGCCAAGAGCUACAACGACUGGAAAGCCGACGUACGAGCACUCUAUCCUGGCGCCGACGAUACAAGAAAGUGGUCGCUGGCAGACAUGGAUCAGCUCAUCGGAGAACGCGCUCGUAUCGGGAUUCACAAUGCGGCAGAUCUGGGCUGCUAUUACCGUGACUUCAUGGCCAUUACGAAACAUCUCAUCGCACAGAACCGACUCUCCCCUAUCGAACAAAGUCGUGCAUUUCUUCGAGGAUUCCAGCCAGCGUUGCUCACACGGCUCGAGACCCGACUACACCUCAAGCACCCCGAUCACUACGCCGACGACCCAUACACCAUGGCAGAGAUUCACGCGGCGGCUACUUUCAUUCUACACGGUACAUCGAGCACACCUACGACCGCGGCGAACCAAGCUAUCGCUUCGACAUCGAACACUUCGACAACGGUGCCCCCCGGGAUGAUCAAAACCGAAGACAUCUCGAUGAUCAUCGAAAGCCUGUCGAGGACGAUCGCAACACUCAUUCAGCCGACGACGCACGCUACGCACAACCACGCCCCCGCACCGAGACAACAAGCUACCGUCCACAUCCACGAGAACACCGGAGCUGAACAGACGUGCCACUACUGCGGCAAUCGUGGCUGCAGGGUAGGCACCUGUGAGUUUGCGGAGAUCGACAUUCGGGACGGCAAGUGCAAGCGGAACACCGAAGGCAAGAUCGUCCUUCCAAACGGAAGUUUCUGCCCCCGCACUAUCCCUGGUCUCACGAUACGAGAUCGAAUUUACGA